AGUUCCUGUUCCAAACCCACCUCACAUUUUCCUUCAAACACUCAUAAAAUAUCUUCUUCCUCUCUCUCUCCGAUCGAUUUUAUCAGUUUUUUUGUGAUUAGAAAAUGGCAAGCGAAGGGAAAGCCAUUGGCAUAGACCUCGGCACGACUUACAGCUGCGUGGGCGUGUGGCAAAACGACCGCGUAGAGAUCAUAGCGAACGACCAAGGCAACCGCACCACGCCGUCCUACGUCGCUUUCACAGACACCGAGCGCUUAAUCGGCGAUGCUGCAAAGAACCAAGUGGCCAUGAACCCGCAAAACACAGUGUUCGACGCUAAACGACUCAUUGGUCGUCGUUUCUCUGACCCGUCGGUGCAAAGUGACAUGAAGCUCUGGCCUUUUAAGGUCAUUCCUGGGCCGGCAGAUAAGCCGAUUAUCGUCGUUCAGUACAAAGGAGAAGAAAAACAAUUCUCUCCUGAAGAAAUAUCGUCCAUGGUGCUGACGAAAAUGAGAGAAACAGCUGAAGCUUAUUUGGGUCAGAGUAUAAAGAACGCUGUGGUCACAGUUCCGGCGUACUUUAACGACUCUCAGCGGCAGGCUACGAAGGACGCCGGAGUAAUUGCAGGGCUCAACGUGAUGAGAAUUAUUAAUGAACCUACUGCUGCUGCCAUUGCUUAUGGUUUGGACAAAAAAGCUUCGAGAAAAGGCGAACAAAACGUGUUGAUUUUUGACCUUGGCGGUGGAACAUUCGACGUCUCCUUGUUGACGAUCGAAGAAGGGAUCUUUGAAGUUAAAGCCACGGCAGGGGAUACCCAUUUGGGCGGUGAAGAUUUUGAUAACCGGAUGGUGAAUCAUUUUGUGGCGGAGUUUAGAAGAAAGCAUAAGAAAGAUAUCAGCGGCGACGCUCGCGCUUUGAGGAGAUUGAGAACUGCGUGCGAAAGAGCCAAGAGAACUUUAUCUUCGUCUACUCAAACGACGAUCGAGAUUGAUUCUUUAUAUGAAGGGAUUGAUUUUUAUGCGACGAUUACCAGAGCCAGGUUCGAGGAGCUGAACAUGGAUUUGUUCAGGAAGUGUAUGGAGCCCGUGGAGAAGUGUUUGAGAGACGCCAAGAUCGAUAAAAGUCAGGUUCAUGAAGUGGUUCUCGUCGGUGGAUCCACCAGAAUCCCGAAAGUUCAAUCACUUUUGCAGGAUUUCUUCAAUGGGAAGGAGCUCUGUAAGAGUAUUAACCCCGAUGAAGCAGUGGCGUAUGGGGCGGCCGUUCAGGCGGCGAUCCUGAGCGGAGAAGGAAAUGAGAAAGUUCAAGAUUUAUUGCUUCUUGAUGUUACGCCUCUGAGUCUUGGCCUUGAAACUGCCGGCGGAGUGAUGACUACUUUGAUUCCGAGGAAUACAACGAUUCCCACCAAGAAAGAGCAGAUUUUUUCGACCUAUUCGGAUAAUCAACCCGGGGUUUUGAUCCAAGUUUAUGAAGGCGAGCGGGCACGGACGAAGGAUAAUAAUCUUCUGGGCAAGUUUGAGCUCACAGGGAUCCCUCCUGCGCCGAGAGGAGUUCCACAAAUCAAUGUGUGUUUUGACAUUGAUGCAAAUGGCAUUCUCAAUGUCAGCGCGGAAGAUAAAACGGCUGGUGUGAAGAACAAGAUCACCAUUACGAAUGAUAAAGGGAGGUUGAGCAAGGAGGAGAUUGAGAAGAUGGUGAAGGAGGCGGAAAGGUACAAGGAGGAGGACGAAGAGGUGAAGAAGAAGGUGGAGGCGAAGAAUGCGUUGGAGAACUAUGCUUAUAACAUGAGGAACACCAUUAAGGAUGAGAAGUUUGCCGGGAAAUUGGAUCCAGAGGAGAAGCAGAAGAUCGAGAAGGCAGUGGAUGAGACCAUAGAGUGGGUGGAUAGGAACCAGUUGGCUGAAGUUGAUGAGCUUGAGGACAAGUUGAAGGAGCUGGAGGGGCUUUGUAAUCCCAUAAUUGCUAAGAUGUAUCAGGGCGGCGCCAGUGGUGACGUGCCAAUGGACUAUGAUAUGCCUGGCGGUGGCGGCAGCUACGGUGGCGGGUCUACUGGGUCCGGAGCUGGUGCGGGGCCAAAGAUUGAAGAGGUUGAUUAAAGUUUAUGUGCGAGGGGCUUGAAGAGCAGAGCUGGUUUCCUCUGUUUUGGCGGCUCAUGGGUUGAUCCGUGGGGCUUCGUAUAUGGGUUGUGUUAAGGUUUUAUCUGUAAAAUAGAGAAGUUUUGGAGGUUUUUCUUUCCUUUUUCAUUUUUAUAUAAAGAGCAAUAUAAUGUAAGAUAUGGUAAGAGCAAAUUUGCUCUUUUUAAAAUAAAGGUUUUUCGGUGUUUUUUCUAUUAAA